UUAUUUGUUGAGAAGGCUACUGAGUGGUCUCAAGUCAUUUAUGCCAUAAGUUGUGUUGAUGUGUUAAGAUCAUUUUCCAUUACUGCAAAAUUUUCCUCUGGAAUUAUGUGUAGACCAGUGAUCUUGCCUCUUUCAAAGCCAACAAAUUUCUGUAGAGAGACUGGUGGGCCAAUACUAAACAUCAAGGGGCUUUGGCAUCCAUAUGCUCUUGCUGAAAGUGGGGGACUGCCUGUUCCUAAUGAUCUCCAUCUUGGAGGGAAUACAAAUAUCUGCCAUCCUCGUACUUUACUGUUGACUGGACCAAAUAUGGGAGGAAAGUCAACUCUUUUACGUGCCACUUGUCUGGCCGUCAUAAUGGCUCAGUUGGGUUGCUAUGUGCCUGGAGAAACAUGUGUGCUUUCACUUGUGGACAUCAUCUUUACACGUCUUGGAGCAACUGAUCGAAUCAUGACUGGUGAAAGUACCUUCUUUAUUGAGUGCACAGAAACCGCGUCAGUUCUUCAAAAUGCUACAUGCAAUUCCCUUGUUCUUCUGGAUGAAUUGGGCAGAGGAACAAGCACUUUUGAUGGAUAUGCUAUUGCAUAUGCUGUAUUCCGACACCUUAUAGAGACGGUGAACUGCCGCUUACUGUUUGCCACACAUUAUCAUCCACUCUCUAAAGAGUUUGCUUCUCAUCCUAAUGUGACAUUACAACACAUGGCCUGCUCUUUCAAGUUGAAAUCUCAAAGUUCAUCUCCAACAGAGCAAGAGCUGGUGUUCCUUUACCGUCUAGCCUCUGGAGCAUGCCCAGAGAGCUAUGGAAUGCAAGUAGCACUCAUGGCUGGAAUCCCGAAAAUUGUGGUUGAAUCCGCAUCCAAUGCAGGGCAAGUCAUGAAGAAAAUGAUCGGAGAAAGUUUUAGGUCAUGUGAACAAAGAGCUUGCUUUUCAACACUGCACGAAGAAUGGUUCAAGACACUUCUAGGAAUCUCAAAGACAGAUGGUGAAGUUAACGAUGACCUAUUUGAUACAUUGUAUUGCUUGUGGCAUGAACUAAAGCUGAUAGAUCCACUAGCUGAAGAUGUUAGUCUCUGAGUUAUCUUGUAUAUUCGUGAAACUCUUCAGUGGGAAAUGCCGAUGAAAUUAUGAUACUAACUGGAAGGUAGGAAAGUUAUUGUUGAAGUUUGUAUUUCUUUUUUUUUUUUGGUCGAGAGAAGUUUGUAGUAUAUUGUCUGUUCUAUAAGAGUAGCAAGGUUAGUAAAUUUUUUGCUUUAUGGAAAGAGGCAAGAGAAACUGCAAUGUUGUAAAAUUGUCCUUUACUCCAAGAGAAUCUUUGCCGUUAUAGUUG